AUUUUGUUCAACAAGACACUUGUCAGACAGGCGUUGGACAAGCAAUUUACACCUCUCCACCGCAUGCACUGUACCCGUGUCCUAUAUUUUAGGACAUUAACUUUGUUCCGUGUACGUGUUGUAUCUGGUGACCGUGUUAGAAUCGGUGGUUCAUAGCUUAUGUUUAAUGUUUUAUUCAUAGAUAGACAUAAGUUCAUAUUUGUCUAAUUACUCCAAUGGGUUAGUCCAAAUGGCCCUUCCUAUUCUUGUGGCAUAAAAAAUCUUUAGCUUUUGGCUUCUCAAGCAUAUACUACACAAUCUUCCAUCACCACUAAUAUAGCACCAUCAUUGCAAAAGCCCCAGUUUGGGUUUUCAUCUUCUUACAGCUUCUGAAACUAGAUGAAUCUGUAUACUAAAAAUGGUCAUGGUCUUCUGGACCUACUGGUUUUCUUGCUACCCUCCACCAAAUUCACAACUUUUCUGGCUCUUGUGUAUUCAUAAUGAGGUUUUGUGGGACAUUGUUAUUUGUUGGAUGUCUCUGCACUGCUAACUAGUUUGGUGAGUUUUGGAAUCCAGGAGUAUGUUUGGUGUCCAACACCUUGAGGGAGUCCUUGUUUGGAGCUAGAAAAUGGCCAAGAUGUUGUUGAACCUCUUGUUCAUGAUUGGAGCAAUGUUGUUUGGUGUUGGAGCUGAGCCAGUGGAAGAUAAACUAGCAUUGCUUGAUUUCCUUCACAACAUUAACCACUCUCAUAAUCUCAACUGGGAUAACAGAUCUUCUGUGUGCAACAGGUGGAUAGGAGUGACCUGCAACACUGACAAAUCACGAGUUAUAGCACUCCAACUAACUAGUACCGGUUUGAGUGGUCCAAUUCCACCUAACACUCUUAGCCUUCUCUCACAACUCCAAACUCUGAGUCUUGCAUCAAAUAGCAUAACCGGUUCUUUCCCUUCGGGUUUCUCUCAGCUAAGGAAUUUGAUCCAUCUGUAUCUCCAAUCCAACAAUUUUUCAGGUCCAUUGCCAUCAGACUUUUCACUUUGGAAAAAUCUUAGCAUUGUCAAUUUAUCCAACAAUUCCUUCAAUAGGAGCAUACCCUUUUCACUUUCCAAUUUGACUCAUCUCACAUCUUUAGUCCUAGCCAACAACUCUCUCUCAGGUGAAAUUCCUGAUCUCAAUAUCCCCACCCUUCUAGAGCUGAAUUUUGCAAACAAUAACCUUAGUGGGGUUGUGCCUAAAUCCCUUGAGACAUUCCCAAUUAGAUCUUUUUCUGGCAACAAUGUUACAUAUUCGUAUGCACUUCCUCCGUCUCUUCAUGUUCAACCCCCAAAUCCUCAUCCCACAAGGAGAAAAUCCAAAGGGCUUAGGGAACCAGCAUUGUUAGGUAUCAUCAUUGGUUGUUGUGUGCUGGCACUUGCAGUCGUAGCAGCUUUUGUGAUUGUUUGCUGCUAUGAGAAAAAAGGUGGUGAAGAAGGACAUCAAGUGAAGAAGUACAAAAGAGAAGUGUCUAGGAAGAAAGAAGUUUCUGAAAGUAGAGACAAGAACAAAAUUGUUUUCUUUGAGGGUUGCAAUCUUGCAUUUGACUUGGAAGACUUGUUGAGAGCUUCUGCUGAGGUGCUUGGAAAGGGCACGUUUGGGACAGUGUAUAAGGCUGCUCUAGAAGAUGCAACAACCGUGGCAGUGAAGAGGUUGAAGGAUGUCACGGUUGGAAAACGCGAGUUUGAACAGCAGAUGGAGAUGGUUGGGAGGAUUAGGCACGACAAUGUGGCUGCACUAAGAGCAUAUUACUAUUCAAAGGAGGAGAAACUUAUGGUGUAUGAUUACUACGAACAGGGCAGUGUCUCUUCAAUCUUGCAUGGCAAAAGAGGGGGAGGUAGAAUUUCUCUAGACUGGGAUAGCCGAUUGAAAAUAGCAAUUGGUGUAGCAAGAGGCAUUGCUCACAUCCAUGCUCAACAUGGAGGGAAACUAACACAUGGAAACAUUAAGGCCUCAAACAUCUUCCUCAACUCCCGAGGCUAUGGUUGUCUAUCAGACAUUGGUCUUGCAACAUUGAUGAAUCCAUCACUGAGGGCAACAGGGUACCGUGCAGUGGAAGUAACCGACACGCGAAAGGCGGCGCCGGCGGCCGACGUGUACAGUUUUGGGGUCCUGCUGCUAGAGCUUCUAACAGGGAGGUCUCCCUUGCAUGCCAAGGGAGGUGAGGAAGUUGUGCACUUGGUUAGAUGGGUGAAUUCUGUGGUUAGAGAGGAGUGGACUGCAGAAGUGUUUGAUGUGGAGUUACUGAGGUAUCCAAAUAUUGAAGAAGAAAUGGUGGAGAUGUUACAAAUAGGAAUGGCAUGUGUUGUGAGGACACCAGAUCAGAGACCAAAGAUUGGUGAGGUGGUGAGAAUGGUGGAGGAAAUUCGUAGAGUAAACACUGAGAAUAGAUUAUCCACUGAAUCUAGAUCAGAAUGUUCCACUCCAACCCCUCGUGUUAUUGAGACACCUUCAACUUCAGUAUCUUUUGCACAUUAAGUGGUGAAGAUUUCUCAUCGAUUAGUGAGAUGUAAAUAUGUAGAGAUUAGUCUUCGCCUUAUAAGUUAAUUUUCGAGUUAAACUUUAUGAUUUACAUUUUAAGAUUAUGCAAAAUCUUAUUCUAAUGAUUAUUGUUGAGUUUAUUAAGUUACUUAA